AUGGAUAUGGAAAUCGAAGAUUCAAGCCCCAUAGAUGACCUGAAGUUACAAAAACUGGAUACCAAUGUUUAUUUUGGACCCUGUGAGAUAUUGACACAACCUAUUCUUUUGCAAUAUGAAAAUAUUAAGUUCAUCAUUGGUGUCAAUCUAAGUACUGAAAAGAUAGCGUCGUUUUAUACCCAGUAUUUCAGGAACUCUAAUUCGGUAGUCGUGAAUCUUUGCUCACCAACUACAGCAGCAGUAGCAACAAAGAAGGCCGCAAUUGAUUUGUAUAUACGAAACAAUACAAUACUACUACAGAAAUUCGUUGGACAGUACUUGCAGAUGGGCAAAAAGAUAAAAACAUCUUUAACACAGGCACAAACCGAUACAAUCCAAUCACUGCCCCAGUUUUGUAAUUCGAAUGUCCUCAGUGGUGAGCCCUUGGUACAGUACCAGGCAUUCAACGAUCUGUUGGCACUCUUUAAGUCAUUUAGUCAUUUUGGAAAUAUCUUGGUUAUAUCAUCACAUUCCUAUGAUUGCGCACUUCUCAAAUUUCUUAUUUCCAGGGUGAUGACCUACUAUCCACUAGUGACCAUCCAGGAUUCUUUGCAAUAUAUGAAAGCAACCCUGAACAUAUCCAUCAGUACAUCCGAUGAGUUCGAUAUUCUGAAUGAUAAAGAACUGUGGGAGUUUGGCCAAACCCAGGAAAUUCUAAAACGUAGGCAGACGAGCUCAGUCAAGAGGAGAUGUGUCAAUUUACCAGAAAACUCUACGAUCGAUAACAGAAUGCUUAUGGGUACCACAAAGCGAGGUCGCUUUUGA